AAUGCAAACAUACAAAUGAAAGCUUCCUUGUCUGAUGAGUAUGAGCGUGGACAAAGGGGCAGAGAGGCAUGCCAUGGCCAAUGGCCAUCCUUUCUGUUUCACACAAUAAAUUUAAUCCCCACGUUCCCCUUUUAAUUUUAUUUGCCACCCUUUAUCACUUUCCCUCUUCUUUUUUUUCUCUCUACCCUAUAUAAAUACCCCUCCCUUAAUUCCCUUCUAUACCAAUACAGCAAUACUCUUUCUUCUUCCCCAUCUUCCCUUCUACUGCAACAACAAAAAAAAGAAAGAAAGAAAAUAAUGGAAGCUAAAGAACAGGACCUCUCUUCUCCAAUAUCCUCCGCCACCAGAUGGUGGUCGAAAGACACGGUCGCAAUAGUCACCGGAGCAAACAAGGGGAUCGGGUUUUGGCUAGUGAAGCAACUGGCGGAAGAGGGAGUCACAGUGAUCUUAACAGCAAGAGAUGUGGAGAGAGGAUGCAAGGCUGUUGAGCAGCUAAGAGAUCACCAUGGCCUCAAUGUACACUUCUAUCAGCUUGACGUAUCCAAUCCUUCCUCCAUUAAAGCCUUCUCUUCCCAAUUUGAAAAGGAAUUUGGAGUCUUGGACAUUCUUGUAAACAACGCAGCUGUGUCAUUCAAUGACAUACACGAGAACACUGUAGAACAUGCAGAGACUGUCAUCAAAACCAAUUUCUAUGGUCCCAAAUUGCUCAUUCAGUCCCUCUUCCCCAUGUUCCGCCGAUCCAAAUCCAUCAGUCGGAUUCUUAAUAUUAGCUCUAGACUCGGUUCUAUCAAUAUGAAAAACCCUAAAAUGAAAGAGAUGCUACUGAGUGAAAGCCUAUCAGAAGAGCAGAUCGACGGAAUGGUAACUUCAUUUCUCGAGAGUGUCAAUAACGGGACGUGGAAGAGCCAAGGGUGGCCGGAGAUAUGGACAGACUACGCAGUAUCGAAGCUGGCACUAAAUUCAUAUUCAAGGGUUUUGGCACGAAGGUGUAAUAAGGAAUAUGGAUUGAGUGUGAAUUGUUUCUGCCCUGGCUUCACUCAGACCUCUAUGACCAAAGGCAAAGGCACUCACACCGCCCAUGAUGCCGCUGAAGUUGGUGCUAGGCUGGCCUUGCUUCCUCCUCAACAUCUCCCAACUGGCACCUUUUAUAUAGGGUUUAGCCCUGGUAUUGUUUCUAAAUUAUGAGAUUCCUAUGCGUUCAUACAUAUUAGUUAUUAGGUGUAAUAUUUGUAUUAGUUGAAUUAUUUAUUAUUAUUAAUUAUUUAUAAUAAAAAAUCAAUCAAUAUAAA